UGUCAGUCAUUGCACAUUUUAACUAAAUUAAACCAUGGCCCGAAUGAACCGCCCAGCUCCUGUGGAAAUCACCUACAAGAACAUGAGAUUCCUUAUCACUCAUAAUCCAACCAAUGCAACUUUAAACAAGUUCAUAGAGGAACUUAAGAAGUAUGGAGUAACUACAAUAGUAAGAGUCUGUGAAGCCACUUAUGACACUGCUCCAUUAGAAAAAGAAGGCAUUCAGGUUUUGGACUGGCCUUUUGAUGAUGGGGCACCACCAUCUCUUCAGAUUGUUGAUGAUUGGCUAAACCUUCUGAAAGUUAAAUUUCGUGAAGAGCCUGGCUGUUGCAUUGCUGUACACUGUGUUGCUGGUCUUGGAAGGGCACCUGUGCUGGUUGCCCUUGCACUUAUUGAAUGUGGAAUGAAGUAUGAGGAUGCGGUGCAGUUCAUAAGACAGAAGCGACGUGGAGCUUUUAACAGCAAGCAGCUUCUCUAUUUGGAGAAAUAUCGUCCCAAAAUGCGCCUCCGUUUUAAAGAUUCAAAUGGUCAUCGUAACAACUGUUGUAUUCAGUAAAAACAAAGUUGCCUUGAUUGCUGCUUUGGAAAUAGAAGACUAAAACUAAAAUUGGGCAGGUUACAUGGGAAAACUACAUGUAUGUCUAACUAGAUUACAUGAAGCUUCUAUAGGUGUAGGCCACAACGUUGGCAGGGGAGCAACUUUGUUUAGAUGAUCUGUUUAGAUAACAAAUGUACAUGGCCUUUUAAAAUGUCUUACUGUAUGUAUCAUUAAACUAUCCUUAAUCAUGUAGUUCAGUUUUUUCCUUGAAGUCCCAAUAGUUAUAUCAGAACAUGUAUAGAGAUUAGGUGCCAAACGCCCAAUAUUCUGUAUACCACAGUGUAAUAACCCUAAUAACUACAACUUAUGGACCUUUGCCCUUUUCCUAACUUGUCUUCUGAUUUGGUGGAUAGGGCUUCAUAGAAUAAUCUGCCUAUUCACUGUUUGUCUCCCACAGUCACACUAUAAUGAUUAUCAAGAUUUGCACACAAUUUACUGACUUAGUCAGUUUUGGUGUCUAAACUUUUAUUACUUAAACCCUCUUUCACAAAACAUUCUCUGGUUAUUAAUGGAAAAGUAAUGCGUCACGCUGUA